UCGAAUAUACAAUUUUCUCCCAUAUCUCUCUCUCGCUCUCGUCUGCUUUGGCCAUAAAUUCCCAAAUCAUUUAAUUUGUUUCGUUAAUUGAAAAAUAUCCUUCUGCCAAUUGCACAGUGCAAUUACUUACGCUGGGCGAGAAUAGCCGAACGGAACAACGCAAUAUUAUAUUGAAACCGGAAUGGGUGUUCAGAAGAGCAAAACCGUUCCGCGCAAACUUCGUUUCGUGAAAUGUAAUACACAUAUCAUAAAUUGCGUGUAUUUUCCAUUUGCUCAUUUACAGUCCAGUCAAUGCAGUUGAACACGAUUGAAUCGAGAAAAACUCUUUGAGCAGAACAAGUGAGAGAGAGAGAGAGAGAGAGAGAGCGACAGAAUCGGUCGAGAGCUGUGUAUUUGAUUUGUUUAUGUUGAAAUUAAUGCACGAGAGAAGCACAAGAAGAACGAAAAAAAGAAUGUGGUCAUGCCACAACACAAUGCGCUCUCGUCUGGAACAUUUGAUGUGUUUAUGCAUGUAAGUAAACAAUAUUGGCCGGGAGAGUUAAAACGAUCGGCAACAAGACCGAGAGAAAGAGAGCGAGUAAGUGUGUUAUGUGUGUGCAUAUACGACGCUAUUCUGAGUAGCGCGCGCGUUCAAUGAAAUGGAGAGUAAAUACAAGCGAGUAAUGUAACGAACGGACCGAAUCCCAUUCGAUGAUCUGUUGAUUCAGUCAGUAUUUGACGAUGGUUCGGAGUGGUUCGUUCAGUUGAAACGGCCCCUAUUCGAGUUAAUUUUUUUUUUUUUGCAUUUUUUUUCUCGUUUAAUCGCCGCUCGUACAUAUUCAUAACCACGGAAACUUCAAUCGUUGUGAUAAUUCUUUUUCGUGUCAUGCGAAUUUUAAAAAACUGAGAGAAGCAAAAGUUCGUUACAAAAGAAGAAAAAGAUCAGCUGAAAAAAUACGUCAUCGAAACGGUGUUUGUUUUUUGCUUCCGAAAUUGUCUCUAUAUCAGCCAAGAGGUUGUUUGUUUGAGAAAGGAGAACUGCGAAUGAAACGCAAUCAAUUUGCCUUUUGCCGAGCUUAUUAGCUUGAUUGAGUUUUUCUUUCCUCGUGUCACACUCUCCACGAGUUGAUAGUCGCAUUUUUGUUGUGGAUGCGAAAUGAUAUUGAAGUGAAUAAGUGCAAAAACCGUACUUGUCGCCGCCACCGCCACCGCCACCGCCUGUUGGAUUUUCUUUCAUCACACAGAACGAGAUUUCGCCGUAGUGAUAAAAGUUUAUUAGGCCAUAAAAGUGGAUAGGUUUCAAGUAUUUUUGAGGAUUUCGGUGGAAAAUUCUUAUGGAACGGAGCUAAUCAUAAAUCAUACGGAGAGAAAAUAUUUCGAGUGAACAUUUCGAGGGAAAUAAAAAAAAAUUGAGUUGAAUAUUCACUAAAAUAAGAAUUGAAGACAGAAGAAAAUUUAAAAAAAAUUCUUUGAAAGUGCAUUUGCAAAGCAAAAAAUAAAAAAAGAAAUUAAUGAAUUAGUGGUCUGUGCUAAAAAAAAGAGAAGAAUAAACACACAUACAAAUCCAUAUGAUAACAAUAAAAAUCAAUAUGCAAAGAACAAUUGAAGUUGAAUGAUCGCAUCCUCGAGUACAGCAAGUGAUUCAUUGAAAGCAUCAAUUAAAACAUGUUGGCUCCGAAAAAGGGUGAAUCCACAUCACUCGUGCGCCGACCAUAUUCAAAUGUGAUUUUUGUGUUAAGUGUUGUGAUCAGUAUUAGUUUGCUGAAUGGAUGCAUACAAAGCAGCGUAGCUACUGAAGCGGAAACUACUUUUGCUCCGGAACAUAUUGAACAGUCGUGUAUCGAAAAAUGUCCAGAUCAAAAUCAAACCUCAAGCAGUACGGAUUGCAUGGAACAAUGUGGGCAGAAUCAGUGCGCAGCUGGGUGUAAACUCUGGGAAACAGCUCUCGAUACAUCAUGUAAGGUGGCAUGUAAUACAACGGAUCAAGAUGUCGAAGACUGGUAUUGUGUCAUGGGCUGUAAUAAUGCCAUUUCGCAGUAUUUCAAGUGGCUCAUGGUCGAAAUUGGAACGCCGCCAGCACCAGCUCUUCUGGCUGAUUCACUGACGUCAACGUCUUUGUCGCUGGAAUGGGAAGUUCCAGAUCAUUUGUCAACGAUCAUGAAACGGCGUCAAAAUGUAUUACGAAACUAUUUGGUGCAAUGGCGCUACGAAGAAAGUGGCAACGACUGGAAAUACUAUCGUAAUCAAAGCAUGGAAGACAGUUCAACGAUUCGCGUCGAAAAUCUUCAGCCGUACACAAAGUAUAGGUUCCGUGUCGCCUUGAUACUGUCGUCAUUUCGUGAGAUAGAACUGUAUUCGGAGCAAAGUUUGGUGAUCAUUACGGCUGAAGAAGGUCCACCUCAAUCGGAGCCAGAUAUUGUAAGAGCCGUAGCGGUCGAUCAUACAAGGAUAUCUAUAUCAUGGGAACCGGGACUGUUGAAAAACGGUCCGAUAUUAUUUUAUGUGCUGCAGAUCAAAGAAUCAAAUCGAGACACAUACUUCGCAUAUAAGGAUAUACCCAAAGAACAGCAAGAGAUUUUAAUUGAGAAUUUACAACCGUCGACGGAAUAUACAAUGGAAAUUCGAAUGCGGAACAAACGUGGCGUCGGACCGGCAGCCGUUAUCAAUGUUACGACAGCCGAUAAACCCGAAGUUCGACACGAAGAUGAAACACUCAAACUAAUCAUUGUCUCUGAACAUACAAUUCUUAUGCAAGGGUCAAAGUUCUUCUACGAUCCAGCCAAUUUUAUUUACAACAGCAGCGAUGCUAUCACUGGCAUUGGCAUUCAUGUCGCCAAGAAAUUACUUUUUAUUACCGAUAAAACGCGCGCUAUUUACAAAGCUCCCCUGAGCAAUGCAUCACUACAUUCGCGAGUGCGUAUCUAUUCAACCGAAGGUACAGAUCAAAUCCCGUUGGCAUUGUCGGUGGAUUGGUUAAACGACAAGCUCUACAUUUUAUUCGAAAGUAAUUCAAUGAACCAAAAGGGCUGGCAAAUUUCUCGUUGUAAUUUUGAUGGCAGUCAAUUACAAGUGGUUUACAGUGGGCUACAAUCAAAACCGGUUCAUUUUCAAGUGGAUCCAUUCAAUGGAUAUUUAUUUUGGUCGCUGAGUGCAGAGAGUAAAAAUGAUGGUGGAUUAUUUCGUCUGGAUUUGAGUGAUGUGUCAAAUGGUGUUAAGCAUGAAAUUGAACCGACGCUCAUUUUCAAUCGAGACACAGUUGGUGUGUUUGCCAUCGAUUAUAUUCACUACAAGAUUUUGGUACCAAUCGAUACGCUCAACACGGUGAUGUCAAUGGAUUUAAACGGUGAUAAAUAUGAGGAUAUUCGAAAGAAUACACAACGUCCAAUGUUUAAGUCGGUCAAGUCAUUUGCAAUGGCCAACGAUUUAUUUUAUUGGACGAGUGGCGAUGCGGUUUUGAUGGAAGAAUAUCACGAGACCGACAAAUAUUAUUACGAUGUUUUCUUCAGAAACUUUGCACAGCUCAACAAUUUUUUGUUUAUAUUUGUGAAAUUGCCAUCAGCUCAACCAACACCAAAACCAUUGAAUCCACCAAGCAAUGUACAGGCUUUGUUGAGCGUCGAUCGGGCGAAAGUGUCAUGGCGCAUUCCACAUCUGUUGGGUAUUCAGGGUCGUGGUGCUUGGCAGGAUUGGACAUAUGAGUUGGAGAUCAUUGAUGAAGAAAACAACGUAACAAAACCAACAAUCAAUCAAAUCAAAGUGCUUCACUUUACUGUAUCGGAUUUGAACCCUGCGACAAAGUAUCGAUUUCGCGUUGCCGCCUACACUGGUGCUGGUUAUAGUCCAUACAGCGUUGAAUUCCGUGGUCAAACACUCACUCCACCUCGCAAUCGACAGAUAAUUUGGGCCUCCUACGACGGUCUCAUUCAAAGUGACAUUCUGGCCGAUAAUAUUCACACAUUGAUACCACAGCAAAAACUGGAUGCAUGCAACAUUUCGAAUAUUGAAUGGUUUGAAGAUGUCAUUUUUUAUGUAUGCAGCAAUUCAUUGUAUUCAUUCAAUCGAACAACAAACACCACGGAAAAACUGAAUGUUAAAGACUCGGUGCAAGCGAUUGCUGUCGAUUGGAUCGGACGACGUUUGUACUGGUUCAAUCCAUCACAUCAAGUGAUCACUCGUGGUAAUCUCAUUAAUUUCGAACCCGAAGUGUUAUUCCCGCUAUCAGCUCCGCAGGCUGACAUCAAAAUCGAUUCGGCCAGAGGAUUUUUGUACUUUUCCACCGGUCAUUCGGUGGAAUUUUGUCGACUUAACUGUAAAGAUAAAGACAAAAGGAAAUUCUAUGACAUGGAAGCGUACACGGGCAGAAAGGUGAUGGGUCUCACAUUGGAUUUUGAUAUGAGUCGCGUGUAUUGGAUCGUUCGCAGCUAUGACGGCUCAACUUUGAUAAGUGCUCCAUUGAUCGAAGAUGAAAUGAAUCUCUUCGAAUUGCAAGAGCACACAUUGCCCGAAAAGCAAAUUCUCGGCCCACUGGCUUACCUGAGUAACCGAUUGCUUUGGCUCCAAGACGAUCGCACGGUGGUCAUUGGAAAUUUGACCGGCAAGAAUUUGGCACACAUCAAAAGUAUCGAAUUGAGUGAUUUGAAAGUGUUCUUAGUCAUCGAUGAAACGCAGCGUAUUGUGCCGGAAUCGGAUGAACCUUUGAACGUGAUUCCUGAGGCAGUUAACACAUCGACCAUUCAAGUGAAUGGCGAAUGGAACUUCUUUACUGUGAGUUGGCUACCAAUUAAAAAUGUAAAUUAUGGAGUGGUUUUCUAUGAAAUCCGAUACCUCAACCAUUCUAUCGUUGACACAAGAUCAUUCAUUGAGAUUGAGGAUGGCAUAUUACCGCCCUAUAGCCAGUUGAAUAUCUCAAUAAAAGCGUUCACUUACUGGGCAUCGUCGCCAAUCGUUAAAGCGCAAGUAUAUUCACCGCAGUCUCAACCAUCGAAGCCAUUGGAUCCACGUAUUUUCGUAACGCAUAUGCAUAAUCCACUACAAAAAAAUUCGCUAAACAUUGAAACCGUUUUCCGAUGGAACCCGCCAAAAGCCGCGAAUGGGCCGCUUCUUGGUUACAAAAUCUCUUGUUGGUACGAAAAAGACAAUUCACGCUAUGAUUUAUUCGUUGAUUAUCAUUUGCAGCCGGAAUACACGGUAAAGCAUAUUGAAAAUCUACCAAAAAAUGCAACACUCUACUGCAAAGUAAAAGCUGAGACAAGCGCUGGUGAAGGACACUAUUCACCGUUGGCUAUCGCAAACACGCACACUGAAAAGCCGAUCCCGACUUUGUUUGCCGCUAGCAAUGGGGCAAUUUACCAAAUUGAUUUCGACUUGAAAAUCUACAAACUGAUUGUGAUUGCCGGUAGUCGAGUGGAUCACUUGUGUCAUAUCGCAUUGAGCAAACAGCUUUUUUGGACCAACGAAAACAACGAACUGAUGUUGAUGAACAGUCAAGAUGGUAAAAAGAAGCUGUUUUCGAUCAAUGCGCCAGUCCUAUCCAUAACUGUCGAUUGGAUUGAGCAAAUUUUGUACUGGUCGCAGGAGGAAAGCAAGGGCAGUUCAAUCAAUGCAUUCAAUUUGAAUACUCAGAAACCAAAUUUCGUACUUCGAUCGUCAAGCUUCAUCAUCAAUUUGAAUGUAGCACCGUUGAAUCGUGAGCUAUUUUGGAUCGAGUCUGAGUUGCCGAUUUCAACAAGGAGCACAUUGGUUUCAUAUCGUUUUGGUGAAGAUCAAUGGUCGGUAUUUCGUGAUGCAAAAAAUGCCACGAUUUUGGUGACGCAGAAAACGUUAUUCCUUGACACAUUCACCGAAGGUCAUGAGAAGAUUUUGUGGUUAAACGAGUACAAUCAACUGAUGUCAACGGACAUUCGAUCGAGAGUGUCAACGCCGACGAAUUUCCCAUACCAAUCGAAUAUGUUGAAUGUGAUUCGUGACAGUGGUCGCAUGUAUUGGACACAAGGUGAUACAAUUUUUGCCGAAAAUCCAUCCGAACAAGUGCCUUAUCAACAGAAAUUUUUCUAUCCCAUGAAAAUUUUGCCCAAUUUCCGUCAAAAUUAUCCACCGGUACAUUGUUUGUUGCCACGCAAACAUUUCGAUCGGAAAGAUCAUCUCGCCGUUUACGAUUCAACGGAUCGUUCGCUGUGGUUACAUCUGCCGGUACCAAAACGAUUCGAAAAUUGCUCAUUUGAACCAAUGUUCUUGAAAUACAAAAUAAUGUACACGGAACUGAUGAGUGAAAGCGUGAAAGUAUGUUCUCCACAUUCGUGCAAUAUAAUCGAAACUUAUGAUAAAGUAAUUGAAGUGGCCAAUCUUAAACCGUACACCAAGUAUCAGUUCCAGAUAACCAUCAGCAAUUAUUAUACUGAAAACAUGAAUAGCACAAUGAACUUUACACGACCAAUCGUAUUCCAAACUAAAACCGGAGCACCUUCACGGCCAAGAAAUGUAUCGGCCACAAUUUUGAGUCCGACAGAAAUUAAUCUGAGCUGGUUACCACCAGAGGAAAUUAACGGACCAUCGAUCCGAUACGAAGUGCAAUACCAGACGGAGAGAGAAAUUAAUGGAUAUAAAAACCAACUACAGUUGCUGAUAAAAGAUGAUAAUGUCACGUCGAUCAAUAUAACAAAAUUGCUGCCCAAUCAACCAUACAACGUAUGGAUUCGAGCUUAUACCACUGAAACGCUUCACAAUCAAAGUCUUCCGUUGAAAAUUGUGACACUUCCAGAUCCGGAGAAAAUCAAGCUAGUCUCGUCUACACCCAAAUCGCUGACCGUCGAAUGGAAACCGUAUGCACGUGCAUUAAAAUAUGUGAUGUCUUGCCGCCCAAUAUCUGGCUAUAAUGAUUCAGAUGCUGAAGUCAUUCUUGACUCAACACAUCAAAUCAACAGUACGAACGUGCAACGCAACGGAAAUCAGUUGACCGUUCUAACUCUACACCCGAAAACUCAAUACACAUUCUGGUUAUCAUUUUGGUUUGAAAAUCGAUCUGACCCGUAUAUUUGGCCGCGUGAUGAACGUAUCAUUUUUGAAACAAAUGCUGAUCGACCGAAUGCCCCGGGCAAACCGAGCAUCAUCCACUUGCAAAGCGAUGUGUAUAAAGUAACAUGGAAAGCGGCCGAAGGAAAUGGAGCGCCAAUUGAAGAGUACAGUUUGGAAGGUCUUCGCUAUUAUGGAUUGAAUCGGGCUGCUCGAUUAACCAACUCAACUAGUGAAUUUAUUCGAAACCAAACGCUUGUCACAAACACAUUGACAAAUAAUAAACUCACAGUUGAAGUUCCGACACCAAUCGAAGACCAUUGGACUGUUUACUACACUGGAAAUGACACGUAUUGGAUCAUCAAUGAUUUAGUCGAUCCGAUUGCAAUGUAUUCGUUCAGAGUACGAGCACAAAAUAGAUAUGGCUGGAGUGAGUACAGCGCGCUGAGCGAACCAAUCACAGAGAUCCAAGCAUUCUCUGAACAUCGAGAGCAUCUUUUCAUAGCAAUCGCUGCACCAGCAUUGGUCGCUAUAGUCAUUGUUACCUUCAGUUGCAUUAUUUGUGCUCUCAAACGGAAAAAGUCAGAUAAAAAGAAUUUCCAAGACACCAACACCGGCCGAAUCGAUGUUGAGCUCGCCACAUUGCCUCAUUUGCCACGCAAUGGAACUUUUGUGCAAAGCAAUAACAUCUUGUACACCUUUGGUCCAAUCACAGACGGUGACAUCGCUCUGUUGCCACAAAUUCGACGUGAUCAAAUCACAAUCGCUAGUUUUCUGGGCAGUGGUGCAUUUGGUGAGGUUUAUGAAGGCUUUGUGCUAAAUGUCGGAACUGAACUAGAAACACGAGUUGCCAUCAAAACACUACGAAAGGGUGCCACCGAACAAGAGAAAGGCGAAUUCCUACAGGAGGCACAAUUGAUGAGCAACUUCAAGCAUAAACACAUCCUCAGUUUGAUCGGCGUUUGCUUUGACACGGACGCACUUUACAUUAUCAUGGAAUUGAUGCAAGGUGGCGAUUUACUCAGCUUCUUAAGACAGAGUCGACCGUGUGAGGGAAUGGUAUCCGCUUUAACUCUGCUUGAUUUGACGACAAUGUGUGUGGACAUUGCGUCUGGUUGCCGAUACUUGGAGGAAAUGCAUUUUGUGCAUCGUGAUUUGGCCUGCCGCAAUUGCCUGGUAUCAUCGGUCGAUCCAGAAAAUCGUGUUGUUAAAAUCGGCGACUUUGGAUUGGCUCGAGAUAUUUACAAAAAUGACUACUAUCGCAAAGAUGGCGAAGGAUUGUUGCCCGUGCGAUGGAUGUCGCCGGAGAGUUUAGUUGACGGUGUAUUCACGUCACAAUCGGAUAUUUGGGCGUUUGGAGUGUUAUGCUGGGAAAUAAUGACACUGGGACAACAGCCGUAUCCAGCUCGUACAAACGUCGAAGUGUUGCAUUAUGUGCGCGAUGGUGGUCGGUUGGACAAACCAUCAAAUUGCCCGGAUGAUCUAUAUCAGCUAAUGCUAAAAUGUUGGAGUUAUCGACCCGAGGAGCGACCAACCUUCCGAUACUGUUUGGAUGUGCUGCAAAGUUUACGCACAAAAUUCGAAGAUAUUCGCAUUAAUUUGGAAAAUGCGAGUCGAAACUUCGCCGAAGUUGUAAAAUACGUAAACACAUCGGGCAAUGCACCGGAGCCGUACUCGGUGCCAAAAUGUGAACCAUCGAUGCCAAAGUAUUUAGAAAUAAUUUACGAUGAAAACGAUGAACAACCGCCGCUUCCAAUAGAUCCAUAUGAAGUUCCGUUGCCGCCGUUGGACGAAACAGAAGCGAUGCAAUCAAGUAGCCCAACAUUGAGCGAAAAAAGUAAUAACAAAAGCAUCGAAUCCGAUUCAAUCAAAGCCAGCAGCGCGAACAAAGAAAACAAAGUGAAGAGCCGAACGAUAUCAAGUUCAUCGACGGUUAGCGAAACGAGCAUCUACAAUCUGUCGAAAAAGAAAGAGCAGCUAAAUGUGCAACCGGAUGACAACGAUUUGUCGAAAACAAUUUUAACAGUUGCCCUGCCCAACAUCAACAACAAUAAUAACGUCACAAGAGAAGACUGCACUAGCAAGCUAUUGCUACCACCGCCACCGCCACCGUUGCAACAACAAUCAAACGACAUCAACAAACGAAAGCUACAGCAAAUGUACGCAAACACAAAUAUCGAAAGCGCAAUACGCAGUUGUGAUGGCAUCACAUCGAUGUGAGAUUCCAAUUUAGGCUUAAGGUCAAUUCCCUCGUAAUUCGUAAUGAAAAACACCAAGUGUUCAGGUGAUUGAAUAUCGCGAAAAUGAAGAUUUGUUUUUCUAUUUUUAUGGUAUCAAAUUAUACAUAUGAAUGGAAAAAAAUAGACAAUAAAACGGGAGAAUUGUUUUUUUCAGAAAAAUAAAGAAACAAAACCAAACAAAAAACAAUCAAAAAUAGAAACAUAAUACAAAUAAUACGAGUAAAGUGUUUCCUAAGAAAUAUCAUUCCAAGCAAUUCGUACAAAAUUCGUUGCACAUUUUCGCACGAAAUCCACAUGUGGUCGCUCGAACACAAAACUACAUGUGAAAUGAGACUAAACUUUGAUAGAUUCCCAUAACAAAUUGUUCUCUAAUUUAAACAAACAAGACUUUUUACUCCUAAGUUCGAAGUUUUCCAUAUAAUCCAUGAUACAUCCAUUAAGACAAUUAUGUUUAUAUAUUGAGCUAUGAACACAAGUCAGCUAAAAUAACAUUUUAUUAGACCAAAGUUCAGACGAUAUGUACAAAUGUCUUUAUAUUAAAGAUGUUUUCUUUUCGGUCAACAUAUACUAAGCAUAUAUUUUUAGAUGUUUCUUUGUAAUAAGAUUUUGAUGGUCAGGUCAAUUCAAUAAAAAAAAAUAAUAUCCAAAAAAA